CCGGUAGAGACCUGUGCAACAGAGCAUACCUCUCCCUCCUGCCAGGAGACCUCGACACGGUGGAUCAGGACCAUCAGGACAGUGCUACAGUGACAGGAGGACAUGACAAUUAUAACAUUCGCUUGACUUGUCCCAUAGGUCGUCGGUAGUAUAGGGACGUACUGUCUGUCAUUUAUAUAUUCGGACGUGUUGACGCUUGUCUGUGCUCGCGAUGUAUUUCAGACAUGGUAACAAAUGUAAACGUGCUUAAUGCUAAGUUUUGCCAGAGAUAUAACUUGGUCCUUAGGUUCUAAAGUUGAAAGAUGUGAUCUCAGGUUGUGAUUUGUUAAUUAGUGCUGCAAGUUUUCGCUGUGUAAGCCUCUUCUUUGUACCACGUUAAACAAAAGCAACACAGUCAAUAUUUCAAGAAGGAACUGAAGCAAUGCUGUUUUGAAACACUGUGUAGUGUGACAACUGCCUUGCAGCGCCAGCGUUUACACUCUCUGUGCUUGAGAUUAUAGAGCGACAGUGUGUGUUCUACGAAGGUCGCUAUCAACUCAGGGAAGGGGGCAGCAGCGGUUGAACUGUUCUUACGACGGCGGGCAAACGUUGGCGGCAGUUGCAGUGAAGAUGAGGUUAUAUUCGCGAUUCGUGGAUUUGUUUCAGACGUACUACUGGGCUGAAUGAAACUAAAAAUGUUGUUUUUACGUGUCAUCAGACUUUCUGACAUGCUUAUGACUCAUUCUAUAGCUAAGUGUUGACGUGGUAAUAUUAUAUUAUGAUAGAGAUAUUUUGCUACGUACGCGAUGUGGCGACAGACACUCUGAGUUUCGUGUAUCAUGCAGUAGUUUAUGUCUUGCGUGGAUGCUAAUGAAGUCACUGAAAUUGUGUGGUGAUUAAAUAUUGACAGUUCAGAUUUCAAACUGCGUUGUUGUGACAAGAGUGUGAACACAGUGGAAUGGGCCAGAGAAUGUGACAUUAUCGUAACUUUAUUAGUGAAUACUGGACUGCAUUUGUGAUUUGCUUCCUAGGAACUAGGAACAAUAGCAAUUUUCCACUGCAACAGUUCUCUGACUACACCUUCAUAACACUGAAUUUGAUUGACGGCACAAAAGGGGAAGGACGGAAAGCCUGACAGACACCAUUCAGACGAGCAGACUUCCCUCCCCCCAUCAACUCCUGCGAGGCUCAUCGUCUCAGAAACCAACAAGGUUAGAUUUCUUCUGACCACACAAGAUGCUGUUUUGGGGACUCGUGCUUCAUCUGUUCCUGCUGUUUAACCCAUCUGCCGCUAGAAUCGGAUACUUCUGGCACAUAACGGAUAUCCAUUAUAACGUUCACUACUCGACAUCAGGAGACACCCGAAAAUUCUGCCGGCGUACGGAGAACAAGCUUGGAGGCGGCGGGGUGGGCAACAGCAGGCCCGCGGGCCGCUACGGCGACUACAACUGUGACUCGCCGUGGCCCCUCGUUGAGUCCGCAGCCAAGGCGAUGAAAAGCAAACAUGGCGACAAUAUCGAGUUUGUGUUGUGGACGGGGGACGGCGUGGCGCACUCACCCGGCGUCUCGGGGGAACACCAGCUGGAGGUUCUGCAGAACCUCACACACCUCCUGCGGCACACGUUCCGCAGUCAGUUCGUGUUUCCGGUGCUAGGACACGACGACCCGAACCCAGGACUUCAUUUCGGUCAAGGCUACAAGGACGUGGCCACCCUAUGGCGACAUUGGCUCCCCACGGAGGCCAUCCAGACCUUCAACAAGGGGGGCUACUACACGAUUGAGCAGAAGGUGCAGAAACUCCGCCUUGUGAUGCUCAACACGAACCUGUGCUCCGACAUCGUGGGUAACGAGGAGGACCCGGCGGGCCAAUGGGCCUGGCUCGACGACACGUUGCAAAAGUCGCAGGGCAACAGGGAGACCGUAUAUUUGGUUGGGCAUAUGCCUCCAGGGGUUGACGAACGACAGAACGGUGGUAUAUCACCUUACCACGACGUCUUCCAGGAGAGGUUCAACCAGAGAUACCUCAAGCUUGUCCGGAAAUAUUCAGACAUAAUCGUGGGUCAGUUCUUCGGACACCUGCACUCAGACUCCUUCCGCAUCGUCUACAGCGACACUGGUCACCCGGUAUCGUGGAUUUUCAUCGCCCCUGCUGUUUCGCCCAAGAGGACUCCAAGUGGUGCCAACAAUCCAGGGUUGCGACUUUAUAAGUUUGACACAGACACUGGCCAGGUGCUGGACUACAGGCAGUAUUAUCUGGACCUCAAUGCAGCCAACCUGCGGAAUGCAGCAGAGUGGCUGCCAGAGUACAACCUCACUGAUUAUUAUGGCUUGAAUGAGGUGUCAGCUUCUGAGCUGCAUAAUCUGGUGGAGAGCUUUGGAGUGCAGGAAGGAUCAGCACUUUUUUCCAGAUAUUACCGAGCCAAUUCUGUGAAAUUUUAUCACAGCACAGAAGGAUGUGAUGCCAGCUGUGCACAUACACAUUAUUGUGCCAUCACUAGGCUUGACUACCCAGAGUUCCACAGUUGCCUAGAAACUGCAGCCAGUGCCCUUGCGUCUGCAGGGGUGAUUGCACUUGGUAUCCACUGGAGCCUCCUGAUUCUGCCGCUUGUGGUACUGGGGCAUGCUUCGGCUCAGUCAGUCCUGAUGCCAUCUGUUGGAGCUCUGAAUUACUCUUGAUAACACACUUGUCCAAAAGUCCUAGAGAUAUGCCAGGUGAAGUUGUUGAGGCACAUUUUUUAAUAAUAAUAAUAACAGUAACAAUAACAAGAACAAACAAAAUUAUGAAUAAAAGUGCAGGAACCAGUACUGCUGGUGUCAGUCCAUGAAAACAAUAAAAUAAGUUCCUCUUGGAAUUAUGUGUCUAACAUUGACAGCAGGGCCAGUAUCAUCAAAAUAAAGAUUUCUGUACUUGACUGUCAUACUCACCAGCAGUUCUUGUAAACACCGAGAUGAGAAAAGAAGUAUCCAAUAUUAUCACAAGAGCCAUUCUAUUAAGAGUGUCCCUGCUUCAUGAGGUUCCAUCUCUGGAAUGGAAUAGGGGCAGAGUUUUACUUGUCAGUGUAACCUAGCUCACUGUUCCUGUAACAUUAUGUUACAAUUUUAAUCAUCACUGAUCUUGCACAAAAUGAUACAACAACUUUAAUCAGCAACAACUCCAAAUUUGGCAAUCGCAAAUAUAGGUUUAUUUGUGGUUUGUCCAAAAGACUGACUCUAGAAACCAAUCAGAUAUAAAAUAAAAAUUCUUCUCACCUUGAACCAACUAUGAAUCUGGACGGUUAUAAAAAUUUUAUAUGGAACACAUCUGUAACUAUGAUGAAUGAUUCGUAUUUAGUGAUUUGCCUUAUUUUCAAGCCAUUAUUUAAGUCCUUUUUUUAUGUAGGCUUUUUUACAGUGCAGAAAGUUAUACCAUGACUUUGCUAUCUGGUGCCUUUAAGGCAAAUGUUUGAAUGCACUCAGAUGUUUUAUACUAAAAUGUGAAGUGCAGUGAAUGCCCUGAGAAAAUGCAGAAUUUAAUAUUCCCAUGCAAUGAGAUGGGUAAAUUAUUUUUUAUUUGCGAUAUCUGUAAUAGCAUGUUCAUGGAUUUAAGUUCACAUAAUUCUCUUCUCAUCCUGUCCUGUCAGAUGCAUGUGACUGUUCAAAAUUUGCUUCUUGACGUUAUGUUUCCUGCAAAGUUGGAUACAGUAAGUGUCAAAUUAUAGCGAAGGAAAACUGACUUAUGACUCCAUGACUGGGCUGCUAUUUUCAGUGUAAUAUAUAUUUUUGUAUAAAAAGUAUGUUUAUCUGAUACAUUUUUGAAGCCUGAGCUGUAAAUACAUUUUCCACUAUCGUGAUGAUUGCAAGUUUUAUUUGCAUUGUCUGCAUUCACUCAUUUACUCAUAAAGAGACUCUAAAUUUGGCCGUGAAUGUUUUUCAUUAUAUAGUAUCCAUGUCUCAUAACAACAGAUGCUGUUGUGUGUUUAAAUUCUGGUAGGUGUUCAUGGAAGUCCAGAAUAUGUAUACAAUUAUGUUCACCCCUAGCUUGAACUACUAUGCUUUCCAGCUUGCAGCAUUACCAGUAUAAUCAGUUGCUCCUGGCUACAAACAGUUCAUAAAAGUCACACCAGAGGGGUCUAUUUAAAGCUGCUGUUCUGCUGCUCUCUGUCGAUCGUCUUGUGAACUAUAUUAAUGUCUUGACUUCAUAUAGUUGUUUCAAAUACAGGAGCACUGCAAGUCAUCUGGAGGACAAAUGUGGCCAGGUCGUUGUUUGAGAAAUAUAAAUAUUUGCAGUGGAGACUUGUGGUGACCGAACUCAUGGCCUCUAGCCCAACUAUGUUAUUAUAUUAAAUAGUAUAUUAAACAAUUCUAUGGAGAUGUUCAGUGUCUGUUCAAUACCAAUAAAGUGAUUUUAUUCUAACAGCAGCUUUCAGUUCACAGUGUCUGCAUCACAUUGCCUUCUCUCAUUCUUUUACCCAAGUGACAUCCAAUCUAUUAUCAGUUUAGGGAGUCUCUUUUAUAUAUGAAUCACAUUCACUGAUAAUUCAAGCAUUCAAAACUUCCCCACCUUCCUAAUUAUGGUCCUUUAUCUCUCUUGUAGAUGCUGACCAACCAUAGUUGCUUCUUUCACUGAAAAUUUAAGACAUAUUUCAGCACAUUUUGAUUAAUGUGCAGAAUGCUUUUAUCAUAUGACGCAUCAAGAUUUGUAUAAGUAGUUACUAUAG